AUGUUGGACUAUUAUGGUCAAAAUCAGAACAAUGAACCGUAUGGAUCAGUAAACAGUUAUCGUCGCUAUCGUGAUGCAUCACCAAAAAUUGUUCAUAAACAUACAGAUUCUGCACUGAAGAAUAUCAGUAAAGAAGCUUGGAAUGAGUUGGCAGUUAUUGUUGAAAAUGAAAGUUUGACCAAAGCUGAAUUGGAGUUGCAACUACGUGGUUGGGCCGCAAAACAAGGCCGAGAUAUUCUGAAAUAUUGUGAAAUGAAAAUAGAAAAAAAAUUACAAGAAAAACGACAAUUGAGUGGAGCUAUUGAAGAGAUGUUGAAGCAGUUAACGUUACUCUAUGAACAGUUAGAAGAAAUUAAGGUUGAUGAUAAAUAG